GCUAGCUACCUAUGCAAUUUUGUACCCUAUUUAUAAUGAAUGGGCUGUUCUGUAGCCAUUUUCAUCACAAUCCACACCACACACAUUCCAUUUGUACCAUUUGUUCUGGUAUUCUCAUUGAUUAUGCUAAAGAAAAUGAUGUCCAUUUUUUUGUUAAGGCUCCUAGCCUUGGGGGCAACUAUCUCUGCCACAGUUGUGACUCUGACAACCCAUGACUCUAGACAUGUCUUGAACUUGACCUUCAAAGCAAGUUAUUCAAAUGCUCCCACAUUAAGGUACUUUGUGGUUGCGAAUGCCAUUGCAAGUGGAUACAGCAUCAUAGUUCUGUUUAUUCCCUCCAAGAAUUCGCUUUGGAAAUUCGUUCUCAUCUCGGAUGUGAUUGUGACUAGCAUGCUGGUAUCGAGCAUAUCUGCAGCACUGGGGGUGGCUCAAAUAGGGAAGAAAGGAAAUUCUCAUGCAGGCUGGCUUCCAAUAUGCGACCAGGUUCCCAAGUUUUGUGACCGCCUCACCGGAGCUCUGAUUGCGGGUUUCGUGGCUCCCAUACUCUACCUUCUCCUUGUUCUAUUCUCCCUCCAUAAUCUCAUUAAUCUUCUCUCUGCAAAAGCCUAAUGAGUACAUACAUAUUGGUUCUGGUUACUAAGCUACUUCACAUUUUGUCAUGCUAUAUUAGUCUUGUUUUAGUUGAGAGCUACUGUUAUUUUGUCUACUCAGACUAUGUAAUACUUACACAAUUGAUGUUUUAGUAUUGUUUCGUAACGUUAAAUUGUGUGAUGAGGUGAUGGUCUGAUCAGCGAUUGAUGCCUAAAUCAUAAUCUUAUCAUGUUGUUGGGUAAUCAGUUCUGAGAAACACGUGGAAUCACAUUCGUGCCGUUUGAUUUCAUUUCAAACACGAUAGGAAGCGAGUGUGCAAGACGUUACGCACGUGUCUUUGUCAUAAAAAUCUGGCGUAUUAAAUAUGCAAGUCC